AAUGAUCGUUCCGCAGCUCAAGUUUUCAACUUUGUAGAACCGCUUAUUCUAGAAUCAUGGCUGACGACGAUUUGGAAUCAAUCCGUGCUCGCCGCAUGGCCCAGCUUCAGCAACAAUAUGGGGGAUCUGGUGGUGGGCCCUCUCAAGAAGAGCAGCAGCAGGCUCAGAAACAGGCUCAGGAUAUGAAGAAUUCCAUCCUCAGUCAGGUGCUGGACCAGUCUGCCAGGACUAGAUUAAACACAAUAGCCGUGGCAAAACCUGAGAAGGCACAAAUGGUGGAGAACCUCCUUGUACAGAUGACACGUACAGGACAGAUUCAGACAAAGCUCGAUGAGCAUCAACUGAUUGGUCUUCUGGAGAAAGUGAGUGAACAGACUCAGAAGAAGACAACAGUCAAGUUUGACCGGCGAAGGUGUCAGAUGGAUGAUUCAGAUGAUGACAUGUAACUGAAAGAACUGUGAGAAGAAGUUGAGAAGAUUGUAACACUGACCCAGAGCACGCAAGAUGGCACCUCAUCUGUGUUCAGGCAGCAAACUACCUGUGAUAUUCACAGGGCAUUCUGAUUGGACAGUUUGACCUUAGCCCCUGGAAACUGUCAAGUGCUUCUCUAUUUCCCAUUGGGCAUUUAAAUAUCCAUGGUAACCAGUAUCAACCACAUGUGAAUUAUGCAAUGAUAAUGGAUGGUUUAGUAUUGAAUAUAUUGGAGCUCUGCAGAUGUUAUAUCAUAUGAAAUUCUCCAGUACUUUUAAUAGAUCAGCUUGCAUUAUUUGAAAAGUAUAUAUCAUCUUAUAGAUGAUGUAACAAGACUUCCAUUGUUAUGGACAUUGUAAUUUAUUUCCUGUCUCGAAUAAGUUCUCUUGUGGGUGAGCCCAUACCGCCAUCUCUUGUGGAUGAGUCCAUUCUGCCAUCACUUCUGGGUGAGUCCAUUCUGCCAUCACUUGUGGAUGAGUCCAUUCUGCCAUUACAAUUAUUCCAGGUAUCCUGCUCUACAUCUGUAUCCAGCACUGCCAUGUUGUCCAUCUAAUUGUACAUCAAAACCACUCUGCAGCUUGUGUACAUGUACUCAUAGCCACUGUAUUGUGAAUAAGGGUACUUGACAUGUCUGUAACAAUACGUACCGCCAUCACCUGUGAAUACAUUUGUCCAAUUUGCAGUCUGUUUUUAACUUACUAAUCUAAAUUUCUUGUGCAAUAUCUGGAUAGCAUUGCAACCAUUUGCUAUACACAUUGCUCUGAUAUGAAUCAGCAUAGGCUCCAAACAAGCAUAGGCUCCAAACAAGCAUAGGAGCCAAACCAGCGUAGGCUCCAAACCAGCAUAGGAUCCACACCAGCAAGAAGAGGUGAGAAGUGAAAUUUUAUUAGCUGCCUCAAUACAGGCACAUGUCACCAUUAUACUACAGAGCUGUUGUAUUCAUAGGUGAUCGAGGAACAUAUUCCAAAGCUUCAAAGUAUUGACUAUGCACCAUUGUAUGAGAGAUGAAGUUAGUUCAGAGGUAUCAUUGUCAUGAUUAUUGGUUUAGUCUCCUUGUGUAUAAUGUCCUGGGGGGACUAGCAGGUGUCGCUUUACUCAGUGAGUCAGUCUCAGAAAUACAAAGUAUAUGUUGUGUAUAAUGUCAUGGGGGGACUAGCAGGUGCCGCUUUACUCAGUGAGUCAGUCUCAGAAAUACAAAGUAUAUGUUGUGUAUAAUGGCACCUAGCUCAUUUGACAAAUUGUUCAGUGGUGGGCUAUUGAGUGACCGCUGCCUCACUCAUUACCGGAUUCCUGAGAUUAAUGUCAGUCGUGUGAGCCAGUAGGGAAUGGUACCAUUCAUACACAACUCUUUUUUAUUACUAUUUCUGCUGGAAUAGUUAUUGUAAUGGCGAUAAUUUGUGGCACUGGAUAAAUCUGGAAGUUGGUUAUGAUUGCAAAUUUAAGUAAUUCUACAUUCAGUAUUUCAGUUAAUGUAUGAGGUGAUUGCCUUGGUAACACGAUGUAUGAUUGUCUGAAUCAGAAUGUCAUCAAACUUUGUUCAUGCUGUUAACCACUGGUUUGUCCGGACCAGAUUUGGACAAGAGCAUGCCACUGUGAUGUAAAACAACAUUCACCAUGGUUACCUGUUUUUUCUUCGUUCACAAGUUCUGUCUAUAGUUGGUAAUUUUCUCAGCUUGUCCAAAAUAGAAAAGGAUUAUUGAGUGUAUAUGGUGUAUGGAACAUUUUAUAUAUUUUCAUACAUGAUUCAUGUAUUUUACAGUGCUAAUGGGAAAAACCUCAAGCCAUGCCUUGUAUACCCUGAAUAAUAGAAAUAAAGCAGUACUUGUUAUUAUGGGAGUUGUCACCAGCCUAGCAGUAGCAGUGUCUGCCCAUCUCGCUGAAGGCCUGGGUUUAAUUCCCCACAUGUGAAACCCACUGGUGCUGUUCCUUGCAUUUUAGGGGCGGUGGGAUGGCCCAGUGGUUAAAGCGUUCGCUCGUCACGCCGAAGGUCCGGGUUCGAUUCCCCACAUGGGUACAACUUGUGAAGCCCAUUUUUGGUGUCCCCCGUCGGGAUAUUGCUGGAAUAUUGCUAAAAACGGCAUAAAACCAUACUCAGCCAGUCAGCUUUUCAUUCUAUUGCUGGAAUAUUAUUAAAAGUUGGUUUAAAAGCAUGCUUCCACAUUCAAGUCAAUAUUUUAAUCUGCUUUAGUAUUUUAAAGAAACCUUAUGAGUGGUACAUAUCUCUGAAUGCCAGUAGUCUACCUGAUAUCCAUGUAAAUUUACAUGCUAUGUAUGUGUGCCAUUUCAUUGUUCCAUAUUGUUUGAUGAAGAUAUUACAGCCCUAAUAAAUAUGCUUUGUCAUA